GCUCCUUCAGCUGGAAAUCAUUGCUAACAUGGAUGAACGAACGCGCAGUUGUUUAUUACAAAAUCGCUCUGCACUUGAGCAAGAUAUCAAGACCUCAUAUAUUAUGGAUCACCUCAUAAGUGAAGAGGUUCUGAGUCUUGAGGAUGAACAGAAGGUUAGAGCUCAGGUUACGCAGAAAGAACGAGCUGCUUUACUUAUAAACCUAAUCCUUCAAAAGGGUAAUUGUGCUGUCAUAUCUUUCUACAAUGCGUUACUGAAUGAAGGAUACAAAGAACUUGCCGCGCUUCUUCAAGAUGGCCUUCCAAUUGUCUCUGCUUCUACAAAUAAAACAUCUAUAGAUGGUCCAACUGCUUUUGUUCAAACUAUACUUUGUGAAGGUGGUGUGCCACAGCGCCCUGUUGUGUUUGUUGAUCGUCCAGAACUUGUGCGAUCUAUCCGAAACGUACUCUACAAGCUGGAAAACGAACCUGGGUGGAUUACUAUAUAUGGGAUGGCAGGUUGUGGAAAGUCAGUAUUAGCAGCUGAAGCUCUGAGGAAUCACACUGUUAUAACCACGUGUUUCCCUGGAGGAGUACACUGGGUAGCAGUUGGAAAGCAAGACCGUGCAGGUAUCCUUGUUAAACUGCAGAAUCUCUGCAGCCGACUUAACCAGGAGUCCCAUACUUACCCAAGUCCACCUCUUAACAUUGAGGAAGCUAGGGACCGACUCCGGUUCUUGAUGGCACGUAAAUACCCCAGAUCCCUUUUGGUUCUGGAUGACAUUUGGGACAGCUGGGUGCUAAAGUGUUUUGAUGUUCAAUGUCGUAUUCUAAUCACCAGCAGAGACAAGAGCAUUGCUGAUAUAGUUACAGGUAAUAACUUCUCAGUUUCUGUGCAAAGUGGUCUGACCAAUGACAAGGGACUGGAAGUACUAGCACGUUUUGUUAACUUGGAGGUGUCCUCUCUGCCAAAAGAAGCACACAACAUAGUACAGGAAUGCAAAGGUUCUCCUCUUGUGGUCUCCCUUAUUGGUGCACUGUUGCGAGAAUUUCCAAAGCGCUGGAAAUAUUAUCUCAGCCAGCUACAAAAUAAACAGUUCAAAAGAAUUCGCAAAUCUUCCUCCUAUGAUUAUGAAGCACUCGAUGAGGCCAUGGCAAGCAGCAUUGAGGUAUUGGAUGAUUACAAAGAAUACUACAAAGAUCUCUCUAUACUGAGAAAAGACGUGAAAGUCCCAACUAAGGUUCUGAGUAUUCUUUGGGCGUUAGAAACAGAAGAAGUGGAAGACAUCUUACAAGUAUUUGUCAACAAGUCUUUAUUGUUCUGUGACCGCAAUGGGAAAUCGUUUCAUUAUUACCUGCAUGAUUUACAGUUGGACUUCCUGACUGAGCAGUAUCGCAAUCAGCUUCCGGACUUGCAUGCAAAAAUGGUUCAGCAAUAUCAAAAGACAUAUAAAGGACAGUUUCCAACACCUUCCGAUGAGGAUUGUAUGUAUUGGUAUAGUUUUCUACCAACCCAUAUGGCUGAAGCGAAUAUGGACAAGGAACUCUACUCCCUCAUGUUUUCAGUGGAUUGGAUGAAGGCCAAAACUGAACUGAUGGGCCCAGCCCAGCUGAUAAAUGACUUUGUGGAAUAUAGGCACAUACUGGAUAAAGAGAACAGUACAGUGCGGGAAAAUUUUCAAGAAUUCUUGUCUUUGAAAGGCCAUCUUCUUGUGCAGAAACCCUUUCCAGAUAUUGUGCAAUUGGGCCUUUGUCAGCCUGAUUUCUCUGAAGUGUAUCGGCAGGCAAAACUGCAGGCUGUGGAACGAGCCAAAAAAGGGGCUGUAUACCUGGAUUGGAUGAACAAGAAAGCCUUGCAGAACUUGUCUCGCCUUGUUGUUCGACCUCACAGUGAUGCUGUUUUUCACGCCUGUUUUUCUCAUGAUGGGUUGAAGAUAGCUUCUUGUGGAGCAGAUAAAACUUUGCAGGUUUUUAAAAGUGAAACUGGCGAGAAACUUUUGGAACUCACGGGACACGAUGAUGAAGUUCUAUGUUGUGCAUUUUCACCAGAUGACAAGUUUGUCGCCACAUGUUCCUCAGAUACAAAAGUUAAGGUUUGGAAUUUAUUAACUGGGGAGUUGUAUCAUACGUACCAUGAACAUAGUGAACAAGUCAACUAUUGUUGUUUUUCACAUUCACCAAAUAAGAUUCUGUUGGCAACCUGCUCUAAUGAUACCUAUUUGAAAACAUGGGAUCUGAAAGGAACAAACUGUAGGAACACUUUGUUUGGCCACACAGAUUAUGUUAACCAUUGCAGGUUUUCACCUGAUGACCAAUAUUUGGCAAGUUGCUCCAAUGAUGGGACAGUGAAGCUAUGGGACACCUCCUCGGCUAAUCAGUGGAAGAGCUUUGACGUACGUGAGCAAUUCCAGAAACCAGAUGCUGCUGAUGGCGAUGAUGAUGAGGAAGAGGUGGAGGUGCUGUUAAAAUGCUGCACGUGGUCAUCUGAUGGCACUCAAAUCAUGGUAGCUGCAAAAAAUGUUAUCUUUGUUUUCGAUGUGUUGACCGGUGACAUUGUAACUGAACUAAUGACAAGUAGCUCUUGCACAAUUCAGUCUUGUGAUGUUUCUCUUACCAGCCCAUUAUUGGCAGUGGCCUUGUCACACAACUCUGUCGAGCUAUGGAACUUGGAUUUGCGCAAGAGAGUAGCUGACUGCAGUGGCCACUUGAGCUGGGUUCAUUGUGUUCAAUUUUCAUUGGAUGGCUCAACUUUGCUAUCAUCUUCAGAUGACCAAACUGUUAGACUAUGGAAUACCAAUAAAGUGCAUAGUGCCUCUGCUGUGUCCUUGGUUCGAGAUAUGGAUGCAGUCUUCCAUGAGGAUGAAGUCUUUGUUUUAGUUUCUGAUAAGAAAAAGUGUUUACAGCUAAUAAACGGGAAAACUGGUGAUGUAAUGUGUCAGAGUGAGGUACAGAACUCGUGUAUUCGUUGUUGCUGCCUUAACCAUCAGGUUAAUUUGGCUGCAAUUGGAUGUGGAGAUGGAAUCUUAAAGGGAGGCAUGAAGUCGGCCAAGUUCAUCCUACAGAGCAUUGGGUGGAAGAGCCAGCGCUUCCAGCGGAGCCUGUUGGUAGCAGUAGGGCUAGAAAAUGGCACACUGAAGGUUCUGGAGCUUCCUAGUGGCAAAAUUCAAAAGACAUUAACAGGUCACACGGCAUGUGUCCAACAUUGUCAGUUUACGUCUGAUGGUAUGAUGCUCAUUUCCAGUUCUGAUGACUCCACAAUAAGGGUAUGGAAUUGGCGCACAGAGGAGUGCAAAGUCCUUGCAGGGCACGCUGAACAAGUAAAAAACUUUAAGCUGUUGAAAGAACCACAACUUCUGUCCUGGUCUUUUGAUGGGACUGUGAAGGUAUGGGAUUACAACUCUGGCAAAUUGUUGAAGGACUAUAGUUGUCAUAUGGGAGCAGCAGUUCUGUCAUGUGAUGCAUCGCCCAAUGGCAGUAGAAUUGCUUCUGCUUCUGCUGAUAAAAGUGCAAAGUGGUGGGAUAUGAAUACAGGAGAAUCUCUGCAGACGUUCUAUACAAAUGGGACAAACCUGAAGUCCAUACAUGUUUCAUCUGACUUCAAGACCUAUGUAACGAUUGAUAAUAUUGGAAUACUCUAUAUCUUGAAAAUGAUAAACUGAAACUCCUUACUCUGGGGAAAAAAAAAGCCACAAAGCUUUUGUAUUGCCACUAGGAGGGGUCGUAUUUAUUGCACUUAAAAUGCUGUCUUUGAACUUGUGGACAAAGCAGGAUAUGGAAUGAGAGCCAUUACAUUUUCUAAUUUUUCAUGCACACAAAUUGCUACUGAGCCAUUGGAUAUUUUGAGGAACUAAGCUUAAUGGGAAAGUGCCAACAGUGUACAACAAACCACAACAGUGUGUAAUGCUUUUUUUUCAAUUAUUCGCAAACUCUGGAUUCUGUGAUUGCACUGCUGGUGUUUUAUUGUGGCAGUGUGUGUUUAAAGAUUUUGAGCACAGUAAGCAGUUUACAAAGGUUUGGACUACAUGAUCAGUUUGUAAUAUGUGCUUGGUGCUGUUCAAACAACAGUCACCUUCUCUGCAACCUUUCUUCAGUUAGGAAAGGAAAUCAUAUUAAAUAUCUGAAACUUCUCAUAAGUCUUCAGAAAGAACGUUUAGAUGGUGUUAUAAAGAAAAGAGAUCUACAUCGAAUGAAAUCAGUGUUUAAUUCACAGAAAAUUGUGCAUAUUCAUAAUUGAUUCGUUUCAAUUGUUUCUACUGAUUUUAUUUUCAUACUUGAUGCAAUUAAAAUUUUCUCAACUCUU